GUGACGUUGCAGUGGCCGGGAGGUGGGAGUGAGCGCUUCCGGCUGCGUGCAUUGGUGUCUGGCGGCGGCCGGAGCAGACACACAGCGGCCAGACAUGGACAUGGAGCGGGAGUUCCGGGAGGCGGACAGGAACAACAGCUGGAACUCCAUAUAUCAGAAAAUCAGACAUGAAGCCAGCGACUUUCCAUGCAAAGUGGCCCGACUGCCUGACAACAAGACCCGCAACCGCUACCGAGACGUCAGCCCAUUUGACCACAGCCGGAUAAAGCUGCAUCGGGAGGACAAUGAUUAUAUCAACGCCAGUCUGAUCAAGAUGGAGGAGGCACAAAGAAGCUACAUACUGACUCAGGGACCACUGCCCAACACCUGCGGACAUUUCUGGCAGAUGGUCUGGGAGCAGGAGAGCAGCGGGGUUGUCAUGCUGAACAGAGUCAUCGAGAAGGGAUCAAUAAAGUGUGCGCAGUACUGGCCCAAGAAGGAGGACAGCCCCAUGGUGUUUGAUGACACAAACUUGAAAUUAACCCUGGUCUCCGAAGACAUUAAAUCCUAUUACACAAUCCGAGUGCUGCAGCUGGAGAACCUCAGUACACAGGAGACCCGGGAAAUCUUGCACUUUCAUUACACCACAUGGCCGGACUUCGGGGUCCCAGAGUCUCCAGCAUCAUUCCUCAACUUCUUAUUUAAGGUGCGAGAGUCAGGAUCUCUGAACCCUGAGCAUGGGCCCAUUGUGGUGCACUGCAGCGCUGGCAUCGGGCGCUCAGGCACUUUCUGUCUGGCGGACACCUGCUUACUACUGAUGGACAGAAGGAAAGAUCCAUCCUCGGUGGACAUUAAGCAAGUCCUGCUAGAAAUGAGAAAGUACAGAAUGGGGCUUAUUCAGACAGCUGAUCAGCUGCGAUUCUCCUACCUUGCAGUGAUUGAGGGGGCCAAGUUCAUUAUGGGGGACUCAUCGGUGCAGGAACAAUGGAAAGAGUUGUCCAAUGAGGACAUGGACCCCCCUCCAGAGCACACCCCACCUCCACCCAGACCACCCAAACGCACCUCGGAGACCCUGAAUGGAAGGAUGCAUGACCAGCCGGAGUUGUUCUCUCAGCAGGUGGUGGAAGAGGUUAUAAAACGAGCAGUCAGUGCCGUGGAGGAGAGCAUUCCCGAUGGCAAAGCUCACCUGACCUGUCAGCCCCCUCUAGAUAGCCAUCGUCAUGACACUGAGCUGAGGAGAAGAAACCUGGGAGACCAGAUCCCUUCCUCAUCUGACCCUGAAGAGACGACCAAACCGGACAACACAGAUGACAGGAACGGCAGCCAGGAAUGGAAGUCAUGGGCGUUAAACGUUUGUGUGUUCACAGUGCUGACGGUCGGGGCGAUCCUCUGCUAUAGGGUGUGGUACCAUUAAUGAACACUCUGCCCGGGUCACAUCCGACUUUUUCACCCAGGUGCAAGUGAGACAAAAUUGGAACCAAAUGAGGAGGAGGAGCUGAGCGAAGCUUUUAUAACUGCAGUCGCAAUGCACUAAGGUGUCUCCAAGCCCUGACGCCCCACAGAGAGAUUCCUUACAUCUCAGGGCAUUUCUACAUCUAUUCAGGAGUAAACACAGAUAAUGCCAAAUAUAUCUCUAUAUAUAUAUAUAUAUUAUAUUUUUUUUCUUUUUGGAAUAAAAUCGUCAUGACAACACAUUGUUGUUUCUUUUUGGCCAGGGUUUUUUCUUUUUUAUUCUCGUCUUUUUUUAUGACGUGAGAGUCGACAUGCUUUAUUUCCUUCUGCUCCAUUUUGUCGGAAUCAGAAGGGAUUUGUAUAAAGCUUGUUGCUUCUUUUUUUUUUUUUUUAUUAUCGUAACCAGUUGGUUCCUUUUUAUUGGACGCCCCAAGAAGCCACCCCCUGCUUCCCUCCCCCACACAACCUGAAUAUAUA